AUCAGGAAAUGCAAUGAAGACGGAUCUGAUCCACAGAUACUGGUCUACGAAGACAUAAGACAACCAAAUUGUUUGGCAAUUGAUUUCACGACACAAACCAUUAUGUCUUCAGCGGUUGAAACUGUGGUCAAAUCAAAAGAUAAUAUAGAUUUUGUACGUAUUAUACAUUCAUCUAAACAAAAAUCGGGAACUGAUUAUUGCAAAGACACUAAUUGUGAACACAUUUGUGUCCCAAACGGCAAACACGGCUAUCGGUGUGUGUGUCCGCACAACCAGACCUGUAGUGAUAAUAACACAACACUUCCCACACUUCAAGACAUACCCAAACAGACGGCAAAUAUCACUGCAUUGUCUGCAAUGAUGGCAACGGAUGAGCCGUUACUGAUGCUCACGGCAUACAAACGGGACAUACGUUUGGCCCGACUGUCCACUGAUACAAUAUAUUUUAACAAAUAUAUGGGUAUAAAUGCGGUGAACAUGUCGUCCGCCUCCAGACAACUGUUCCCUAUUGUCAGCCAACAAAAGUGUGUGACUAAAGACAUAGGAGUGGAUCCGUUGGCGGCGUUACUCUUCUGGAGUGAAUACAUAGACACGAGUCCUCGCAAUCCUAUGGAUAAUUACAAUGAGAUUCAACGCAAGUGUCGUAUAAUGCGAUCGACACAAGACGGCCGUAACGUACGAGUGCUGCUCCGGUCGGAGCCCAUAGACAGGCAUAGUCUCAAUGUUGACAUUAAUGAGCGGCGGCUCUAUUGGAUCGGUAGACAAAACGUGUCAUACGAGGGCAACGAUAGGCGAGUUCACUACCGGACUAAUAAUAUUGUUAACAAUUUGUUUACCGAUAUAUACGCCGGUUAUCUAUAUUGGGCUGAAGAGCGUAAUUAUACGAUAAUGAGGGCACCGAUUGGUCGGUCAAAGUUGUCCACCAGUGAGUUGGCCACUGUUGCGGUCAAAUCAGGUGUUGUUAUAACCGGUUUGAAAGUCUGGACGGGUACUGACUGUACAUCACGUGUGUAUGGGUUGACUGCAACCACACCUGUCACUCAAGACAUGUUCCCACCGUUUAAACUGAUGCCAAACGAAACGUAUCUAAUGUUUGCCAGAGAUUAUGAGGGGAUUUACGAUUAUGAGAUUAAGUAUAUGGCAUACGAUUGGGUCCACAAUUCAGUGUACAUUUCAUAUUUAAAAGGCAUAGAAGUGUUCACACUAUCGGAUAAUAUGUAUUCAUAUGAUGUGAUCACACACUUUGAAACACAAGGAGAUGUGGCGGUCGACCCCCUGGAGGGCCUACUUGUGUGGUCUCAAUGGACGUAUAGCUCAGUAUUACGUAAAUAUACGGGACGUAUAAUGAGUGCCAAUUUAGACGGAAGUGAUGUACAGGUGAUCAACAAUAAUACAGAAAUACCAACGAUAUUAUCAAUAGAUAUAAAAACACAAACAGUCUAUUGGAUCGACAAAAAUAUGGGUUCAGUAAAUUCAAUGGACUAUUUUGGGGGUAAUUUGCGGCAAAUACUCGUCGAUAAAACUCUAUUAAAAAGUGCAUAUUUUAUGGAUGUUUUCGAUGGUUAUAUAUUUUGGUCCAAUUCUGAUGGAAGUGGUGUUCACAGGACUGAUGGCAACACUACUGAUACAGCGGUUCUGUCGUAUACCGCAGUACAAGGGGUGCGAGUAUUGGACGCCUCCCGUCAGCCCAACGGCACCGAUAGCUGUGCUAACCAUAACUGCACUCAACUUUGUCUACCCGUCCGAAGGGACAGUUAUCGUUGUGUUUGCCCUAAAAAUAUGGGUCAAAUUAUAAACAAGGUAAACACCAAUUCUGGACAAUUGUCACAAAACAAGGCGACUAACACCGGGUCCGGCUAUCAUUGGCUAAUCAUUGCCUUCGGUACCAAUUAAUAGCAAAGUUUUGGCAAAAUUUCAUAAUAAAAAGGAAGAGGUUUUCAUUGAGACAGACAUUCAAAUUGGUUGAUGGAUAUCAUUAUCAGAA